ACUUCCAUAGAGGUAUAAAGCGAGAUCCGACACCUCAGGCCGCAGUCACGAUCUGACCUAUCAAGCAGAUUCUAUCGAGAUGGCGCGAGUUUUACUUCUGUUGUCUUUGGUCGGCAUGGUCGCCGUGGUGCUCGCCAAGCCCGAGGAAAAGUACACCACCAAGUACGACAACAUUGACUUGGAUCGCAUCUUGGACAACGAACGUCUCAUGGAGAAGGCCACGAAGUGCCUCAUGGACGAGGGAGACUGCACCCCUGACAUGGCGGAACUAAAGAAAGCGCUGCCGGACGCUCUGCAGAACGAGUGUGCCAAGUGUUCCGAUAAGCAGAAGGAGGGCGCUCGCAAGGUCCUCAAGUUCUUGAUUGAGAAGAAGAAGAGCGUCUUCGAGACACUGGAGAAGAAGUACGAUCCGGAGGGCGUCUACCGCAAUAAGUACCAAGAACUCGCCGCCAAGGAGGGAGUGAAAGUUUGAAAAACCCAAUCAAAGUCCAAUCUAUCCUCAUUGUUAAUGCUUAUGUAAAUAUAGUAUCGGUCAUUUGAAGUUAUCA